UUUACAGAUGAUGCUGUUAACUUUGAAAAUUUUGAUCUUUUUACAAACGUGUUAUUUAAAGCGAAUAGAAGAAAUCCCAAUGGCUGCCCAAUUCGAGGUACAUUUUUUGUUUCACAUCAGUAUACCAACUACCAAUUUGUACAAAAGCUAUGGAACGAUGGUCACGAAAUUGCCGUGCACUCAGUAACCCAUCGUGGGCCCGAGAUGUGGUGGUCAAAAAAUGCCACUAUUGAAGAUUGGUUCGACGAAAUGGUUGGCCAAGCCAACAUUCUUAAUCGUUUUGCUAACAUACGCAUGGAAGAUAUACGUGGCAUGCGAGUUCCAUUUUUGCGCGUCGGUUGGAAUCGUCAGUUCUUGAUGAUGAACGAGUUUGGUUUUGUGUAUGAUGCAUCGAUGGUAGCACCGUUUAGCAAUCCACCACUAUGGCCUUAUACCCUGGAUUAUAAGAUGCCUCAUUCUUGUACAGGCAUAAACCAGAAUUGCCCCUCCCGCAGCUAUCCCGGUAUUUGGGAGAUGGUGAUGAAUCAGAUGGAAGUGGGUGACUUCACUUGUGGUAUGGUCGAUAGCUGUCCAUCACAGUUAAGUGGAGAUGAUGUUUAUCGCAUGCUGACGCACAACUUUAAAAGACAUUUCUUGUCGAACCGUGCACCAUUUGGAUUGUAUUUUCAUGCAACGUGGUUUAAGAAUAACGAUUACCUGCAGGCCUUUAUGCGGUUUGUGGAUGACUUGCAAAUGCUACCAGAUGUAUAUUUCGUUACAAAUCAACAAGCUAUUCAGUGGAUGAGACAACCAGUGCUGAGUACUCAGCUACAUACGUUUGAGCCCUGGGGAUGCAAGCCUCGCCAAUUGGAUGCCCGCGAAAUAGUAUGCAAUAUACCGAAUACAUGCAAGGUGCGAAGUCGAGUGUUACAGCAGGAUCGAUAUUUAUACACUUGCAACGAGUGUCCAACGCAGUAUCCCUGGAUACGCAAUGAAUUUGGUUUGGACUAAUAACCGCCCUUUAUACCUGACAUUGCCAUUCACUUGUUAAAUGCAAUAAUAGAUAUUAGCAAAAAUUUUAAUUAUUUUCUACUUUAGUAUGU